GGAAUGGUUAAAGGGGUGUUAGUGGGCAUCAGUUAGCAUGCAUUGUCAUUUAAUGUAAUAAUUAGGUGCUCUAUGUGUUUUACCCAAUUACCCUUCCAUACCAUCCAUGCCUACAUACAUAUACAGGCAUAUGCAAAUGUAUAUUUUUCGUGAUUACUAUUGUUUGAUGAAUAAUGCUACUUUAUUGUUGCUGGUUUAUUCACUUUUAUUCGGGUGGUUGUUACCAUUUAGCUGCUUUUCAGAAAUACUGUUCAAGGCAUCCUAAGGCAUGCUGUUCUUCCCUUUUGUGCAAGGCCUUGUGUUGGCAUGGUGAAUUCUUGUUCCUUAGGAGGCUUGGAUUUCAUGUAGGAUUGUCAAGUAAAUCAUUGAAGAUACUUAAGCUGAAGUAUUUUAAAACACACAUUUCCAUCCUUUUUUGGUUUCUAUUUCUUUCUUUAUGUGGUACCCAAAUUUUGCAAUUCUCCGUUUGCAUGGUCAACUUCAUUGAGUUUGUUAGUAGAAGAAUUUGAAAUGAGGGCGCUUUUCUGUACUAUUAUCUGAUGCAGACCUCAAUUUGAUCUGGAACCU